AUGGCGACUUACCCUCUGCCCCUACUCCUUCUCCUCUCUCUUCUCGCCGCCUCCGCCUCCGCCCGGCCCUGCAAAACCCUCUUCUAUUUCAGCGCGACCACCACCACCACCACCUAUUAUCCCUACAACUCCCUCCCCGGUAACCCUAACUCCAAUUCACUCGUCGGCGGCCAGAGGCCCCGCUAUUUCACCCUUAUCUUCACCUCCUCCGUCGCCAAACCCUUCUCCGAUCGGCGUCCCUUCAUCAAUUUCGAAUCCGCCGACGCCGCCGCCUCGUUCGAUGACAACCCUCGGUCAUCCUCGGCCAUGACGUCAUCCGAUUUUCCCACCAAGUUCUAUUCGUCCGUCUCCAGCUCGAUUCGAGAGCGGACCAAGGAUAUCAUGAGCGUGGUUGGCGCCCUGCUCUUUGGUGUCGGCUGUGGGGCCCUCACUGCGGCCGUUAUGUACUUUGUGUGGGCGCUCUUCACCCCGACUCGCUUUGACUUUGGCGAUGCCUCUUCUUCCUCGGAUGAUGAUGACGAUGACGAUGAUGAUGUGGCCGCUGCCAAGAGGAAGCUGGGCUAUCUGGCGCUGCCCACCAAGGUUGUUGACGACGACCUCAAGAAGCCUGCGAUCCCGACCAAGGAGGUGGUUUGA